AUGAAGAAGACGCUCAACUCCGAACCGAUAUAUGGAGGCCCGAUUACGAAUGAGAGCAAGGAGGCUUGGGAUGCAUUGAUGCCGCGUAUGUUCCCGACACCUGGUUCUGAAUCGAAAGAUCUGACAUGUACGCCAGACGGCCGCGGGUUUGUUAUCAUCAAGAAUGAGACGGCUGUUCCUGAGAUGCCAAAGUUCAAUGCGACCAUGAGUGAGUACAAGGGAGUAAUAUCGGUCUUCCACCAGCUCCAUUGCGUGUGGGCUACUCGGGAGGCCUUCUUUCGGUUACUGCGCGAUGGCAAUUCGACUGAGAUCGACCUUGGACAUCUUGGUCAUUGCUGGGACUUUGUCAGACAAGCCAUCCAGUGUCGUGCUGACACCACUAUCGAGUGGCAGGUGUCAGAUGAGCUCUCUGGAAGCCUGGGAUGGGGCUACCAACAUCAGUGCUAUGAUUAUGACGCCCUGCUUGCCUGGGCUGAAGAGCACAGGUGGGGCGAUGAACAGAGUAUUCACUAA